AAACGAAUGGACGAAGGACGAAUUAAGCUUUCCGGGAGAGCGUCAUCAACCAUUGGAGCCAGCUCCUGUCCGUCGAGCUGAUGAAGCACAACGCGUUCCAAGUGGCGAGUCGAGCACAACGCGCUGCGGCCGCCAGAGGGCCACGGAGGGCCAGCGCGUUUCCCGAGGACUUCGUCAGCCGCGGGCUGUAUAGGCCACACACCAGCCCCGCUUCGGGGCUGUGAGGUGGCUGGCUGGACCUGGAUGUUGUGUGUGUGUCUUGUGUGUCUAUCGUGAUGCAUGUCUCACGCUUGUUUGCAGUGUGCGACAUGCAUUUGUUUGCAGUCAAUGAGCGUUGUUCAUUGGCUUUGCAUGGUUGUGCUCCCUUUUGUUUGCUUGGUACGGACUGAUGCUUAGAUGAACUCCGUCGCCCGUCCAAUCCAGGGUUCAAACAUAAAAGCCUACAGAGGGAGAGCACACAAGGUCUGUUACCGCAUGCAAUGCGGUUUUUUUCUUCUCUGUCGCUGAUUCCGAUGCGGUUCUGCUUGGACACGUCAAGAUGUCAUUGCCGUCACGUUGCGUGUGUUCCAGCAGAUCUCGAGGUGGCUCUUCCGAUCUCAAGCACGCUCCCAACCAUCAUUCACGAGGCAGUCAGAGUCAGCGCAUCAGUGAGUAAAGCCAAUGGGCGCGGUGAGCGCUUCUACGGAAGGGAAUCUCUCCCAACCAACCUCACUGACUGGCCUUGCUUCAGUGUGUUAAGCUACAUAGCUUGGAAGCGAACAGAGAACAACGGAUAGUAACGCACCCCGAUCGGAUGCUUCUUGCCCACUGGGCGAGCCACAGCAAAAACGUCAGGCCCAGUUGCAGUCACGCACACAGCAAGCAAGCAAAGACGAGAGAGAUAGUGAGUCCAUGCUGGGCGACAGGAAAAUCAGACACACGUUAUUCCCCAGAUAGAUGCCCUCUGACUACCUUCCCAACACCAACGCACAACCUCUCCCAUCCCAUUCAUUCACUGUGGUGCACAAACAUAGUCAGCCAUCAUGUCGUGGAAGGAUAGGCACGCUCCUCUUCUCGUUUCUGCAUCUCUCAUCUUCUCCACUCCUCUUCUCGUCUCUGCUUCUCUAGUCCUGACGCGCUGGUCACCCGCUGCUAUCUCGAACUGCUCCUUGUCGUGCCCGUCCCAACGUAAUAAGGCAGGAAGGUAGAGGGAAGGGGAAAGAGUAACAUACAUCUCCCAGCCCAUCGUCGUCAGCACGUCCACAUCACCAGGCCGUCGUCCAUCAUGCCCAUCAUCUCCGCUCUUCACCGUCACAGACGCACGAGAGGCACGCCUCCCUCCUCAACUCGGACUCCGACACUGAAGCGGUAUAAGCCGAGUGCAGCUUUUCUGUAGCUGAUUAUCCCGUCCUUUGAGUGCGCCGUCGAGUAAUCUUCGCGCCUUGUGCGCUGGCGGGUACUCUUUCCGGGGCAUUACCAAUGUGCACCCUACACGUGUGGGAUGGAUGAAGGGCAGUGGGGUAUUGGGUCGGACAGGGGUCCGGUCAUGGCUUGUUUGCAGUAAUCGAAUAGCAGGGACACUUGGUCUAGUUAUUGUAUGCAUGCUGAUGGACUCUUUGUGCAUUUGCACUGAGACACUGAUUAUAGUACUCCCCCCCCAGAUGCACAGCAGCCGAUGAAGAAGAUGCGCACGCUUCGCUGCUUCUGCGGCUGCUGUGUUGCGGUUCGUCCCCCCUCCGCCGCGAGCUUGUAGACUGUGCUUGUAGUCGAAGCUCGCUCCUUGAAUAGCAACGAACCACGCGUUCUGGUCCACAGGUGCGUCAACAGAGAUGUCUUUCACAUACCUCUCAAGUGCAUGCACUGCCUUGCCAAUGCAGAUCUGAUGUCUGACUCUCUCCCGCUCGUGGCGCCUCGGCCUCGGCUGACGGCCAUUGCCAGCCAGCCCGUUGGCACCGAGAUCCUCGGUUUCGCCAUUGAGGCCAUCAAAGAGAGCGGCCCACUUCGGCUCAUCAACAGGCACGAUUUUCAUCGACACCUGGUCAAUGCCGCGUUCUUCCAGAGAUGGAUUGAUGAGAGGCACCCGGCGGCUCUCCGCGCAUUCAUCGUCUUCGACGUGCGUCGCGAGGCCAAUGUCCUCUUCGUUGCCAUGUGCCUGGUGCGUGACGGCGGCAGGUGGGACGACUGGCCUGACUAUCUGAGCGUGCUGUCUGGUGCCCGUGAGGUGACGCUGCCGAUCCGCGUCACCGAUGCUGACGUGGAGCUGCUGCGGGCGUCUGUGCCCCGCCUGGUCCACGGGCUCAAGACGGGUGACCCUGACGACCUGAAGAAUCAUCAGCACGAGUGGCUGCAGCCUCGUUUUGGUCCCAACGUGCGGCGCAUCAUCAUCGCUCAGGAGGGAGAGGAGAUGGGCAUUCGACAGGCAGGUGUCGGACGGCCGCCGCGUUUCGUGGACUACGGCUCCGAGGAUGGUGGCACGUUGUUAUUCUGGAGCUACACGGCUGCUACGUGCAACCGAUACGGCACCGAUGUGCUGCUUCGCGAUUUUACCUGCCGUCAGUCCAUCCGCAUCGGACUCAGCUUCUCAUUCCGCAGCCCGCUUCCGCCCCCGCCGAAUGGUGUCUGUCUGACUGUGCUGCGGUUCCUCGCCAACCAGGCCCGACCCCUCACUCCCACAUACGCUGCGCAGCUUGAAAGGCCACCAGUUCCAGAUUGUACGGAGGCAUUUGAUCCGUGGGUUUGGGUGCUCCCUGAGGGCGACGAUGGCCCUCCGUGCGUCGUGUCCCUGCUCAGGGGUUUCCAAAGGGACCCAGUCGCCGGCGCAACCCUCGACAUUGUCAUGACGAGCCUGAUCAGCCCCCAGCAGUGGCCGAACAGCCCCGUCGACCACCCCGGCGAUCUCGAGGGAGGCGACCGCGACCUCCCCUUCGUCACACCGACGUCGGUGGUGGCCCAUGUCGGGGCCGGACCCGACGGCGUGGAGUGCAUCGCCUGGUCAGAUGGGGCCGGGGCGAGUGUGGCGCCCGUCUUGUCGUUCAUCCACGAUCAGCUCAACACCAGCGGCCGUCGGCUGGUGCACCAGGGGGUGAUCGAUUUGUUGACAUUCGUCAGUGGGCUGAGAGGGUCCUUCCCGAAUGAGGACAACGUGGCGGUGGAAAAGUGCUUUCUGCUGCACAGACCAGAGGCCAUCCACUGGGCUGGCAGGGCAGAGGGCUAGGGGGUGGGUGCGGGAGGGGUUUUGAUGAUCGGUUUAGUUGCCCUCGUGUCUAUGUGGGGGCUCGAGUGCCAUAGACGAGUCACGUAUGCUCCUGUCGCUGACAUAGGUGAUGGAUUGAUUCAAUGAGACACACAUAAAGG